AGCAGUUACAACUACAGCGACUACAGCUUCAGUAACAACAGCAUUAGCAGCAGUAACAGUAACAACAGGAGUUACAGCCGCAGUAACAGUAUCAGCACUAACAGCAACAACAGCAUUAGCAACAGUAACAACAGCAGUAACAGCCGCAGUAAGAGUAUCAGAAGUAACAGCAACAACAGCAUUAGCAACAGUAACAGCAGUAACAGCAACAAAAGCAUUAGCAACAGUAACAACAGCAGUAAGAGCAGUAACAACAGCAGUAACAGUAACAACAGCAUUAGCAGUAACGGCAGUAACAGCAACAACAGCAUUAGCAGCAGUAAUAGUAACAACAGCAGUAACGAUAACAACAGCAGUAACAGUAACAGCAGUAGCAACAUCAUUAGCAGUAACAGCAGUAACAGUAACAACAGCAUUAGCAACAGAAACAACAGCGUUAGCAGCAGUAACAGUAACAGCAGUAACAGUAACAAUAGCAUUAGCAGUAACAGCAGUAACAGUAACAACAGCAUUAGCAAUAACAGCAGUAACAGUAGCUACAGCAUUAGCAGUAACAGCAGUAACAGUAACAACAGCAUUAGCAGCAGUAACAACAGUAUUAUCAGUAACAGCAGUAACAGUAACAACAGCAUUCGCAGCAAUGACAGUAACAGCAGCAUUAGCAGUAACACCAGUAACAGUAACAACAGCAUUAGCAGUAACAGCAGUAACAGCAACAACAGCAGUAACAGUAACAACAACAGCAGUAACGAUAACAACAGCAGUUACAGUAACAGCAGUAGCAACAGCAUUAGCAGUAACAGCAGUAACAUUAACAACAGCAGUAAAAAUAACAACAGCAGUAACAGUAAUAGCAGUAGCAGUAGCAACAGCAUUAGCAGUAAAAGCAGUAACAGCAACAAUAUCAUGAGCAGUAACGGUAACAACAGCAUUAGCAGUAACAGCAGUAACAGUAACAACAGCAUUAUCUGUAACAACAGUAACAGUAACAACAGCAUUAGCAGUAACAGCAGUAACAGUAACAACAGCAUUAGCAGCAGUAACAGAAACAUCAGUAACAGUAACAACAGCAUUAGCAGCAGUAACAGUAACAACAGCAUUAGCAGCAUUAGCAGUAACAACAGCAUUAGCAGUAACAGCAGUAACAGUAACAACAGCAGUAACAGUAACAACAGCAGUAACAGUAACUACAGCAUUAUCAGUAACAGCAGUAACAGUAACAACAGCAUUAUCAGUAACAGCAGUAACGAUAACAACAGCAUUAGCAGCAGUAACAGAAACAACAGCAGUAACAGUAACAGCAUUAGCAGUAACAGUAACAACAGCAUUAGCAGCAGUAACAGAAACAACAGCAGUAACAGUAACAGCAUUAGCAGUAACAGUAACAACAGCAUUAGCAGUAACAGUAACAACAGCAUUAGCAGCAAUAACAGAAACAACAGCAUUAGCAGUAACAGCAGUAACAGUAACAACAACAUUAGCAGUAGUAACAGUAACAACAGCAUUAUCAGUAACAGCAGUAACAGUAACAGCAGUAACAGUAACAACAGCAUUAUCAAUAACAGCAGUAACGAUAACAACAGCAUUAGCAGCAGUAACAGAAACAACAGCAGUAACAGUAACAGCAUUAGCAGCUGUAACAGUAACAACAGCAGUAACAGCAUUAGCAGCAGUAACAGUAAUAACGACAGUAACAUCAUUAGCAACAGUAACUGCAACUACAGCCGUAUCUUCUUCUUUAUCCAGCAGUUGCAGCAUUAA